AGGAAACCCAAUUCUUGCAUUCUGUGAAAACGGGAUUUCUUAAGAAUUUUUUAAACCGAAAAGCAAAAAAUGUUUUUUUUUCUAUCUGAAAUCGGUAGCCUCACGCUACGGGUGGCUGCGUGGAUCUUCUCGUUCUUUCACAAUUUCGCUAUAUUUCUUGUGGAUUUAGCAGAAAAACCAUGCCAAUUGAUCCUUUUAUUGCUCUUAUUAAUAAGUAUUUACUACUCUUUAGUUAACUACGAUAAAACUGUGGAUAUGACUGAGAUAGGCUACGAUUAUUUACGUCCUAGAGCAAAAAAUCUACGUCAGAACUUAUCUUUGUUGGUACGAGAAGCUAACGAGUCAAGAAAUCCCGGUGAACUCCCACCUGUAUAUCCGAAUGGAUGGAUACCUUUAAUGGAAUCUAGGGAUUUUGCAAUCGGGCAAUCUGUACCCGUAACUGCCUUAGGUCAUCAAUUUGCAAUAUUUCGUGGUAAAACUGGUCAGAGCUUCGUUUUGGAUGCCUUCUGUCCUCAUUGAGGAGCUCAUUUAGGUGUAAAAAUUAAAGUAUACAGUGAUUGCGUGCAAUGCCCCCUUCACGGUUGGUUAU